UUUAUAAAUGAAAAUCGAGGUGUUCCGGUAGUUAAAGGGUGGAAAAGUUGGUUUUAUAUAAAAAAAAAUAAGAAUAAAUAAUUUUAUGAGACACACAUGAAAAAGUUGAUUUGUUGAAACUAUUAAGUUUUACUACCUACUGCAACAAAAUAGACGCUAAAGCAUUUUGAAGAGUGAGUGAAAUAGUUUUUACCUACUAAAUCAAAUUUUGCAAACGUGUUUCAUAAAAUUAAUUAUUUACUACUUUUUAAAUGCAAAACUAACUUUCCACGUCAUAGCUUUCGAAACUCUUCAAAAACUGGUGAUAUUUUAUAUUAAAACUAUAAAAUUUAAAAGUAGGUAGUGAUUUGUUUUGUUUAUAACAGAGGGAACGCAAACAGAAAAAGUUAUAUUCGGAAGACUGGGCUCUUGGAGACGAAGACAUCGAAGGACGUCGUCUGUUUUCCCUCCAAGAAAAAUUGGAAGAUCCGCGAUUUACUCAGCACAAUUUUGUCAAAGAAAUGCAUGGUAGCGAAUUAACAGUGGCAUAUUUUCAAAAGUACGGUUUUAAUACACCCCUUCUCUUCAAAGACAAAACAGGACUAGGACUUCGCGUUCCGACGACGAAUUUUACAGUGAACGACGUCAGAAUGUGCGUCGGUUCGCGUCGCGUGCUCGACGUCAUGGACGUGAUGACCCAAAAGAAUUCGGAAAUGACCAUGAAAGAGUGGCAAAAGUAUUACGAAAGUUCGGAAAAGGAUAAGUUACUUAAUGUGAUUUCACUCGAAUUUUCUCAUACGAAACUUGAAAAUUACGUACAAUCGCCUACCGUUGUGAGGUAAGUGAUACCUUAAAUGUAAGCAUUCACGAAACUGCCAGUAGUAGUAUUUAUUCGAUUAUUCUAUUUAUUUUCGGCUAAUUUCUCGGCCAAUCUAGGCAACAUGGGUAGACAAGGUGUAUGUAGGGUUGCAUAUCCUCGAUUAAAAUUAUGUACUAAUUUUAUUCUAUUAAAACUACAUGAAAACGAUGUUUAUCUCCCAACGGUACUUUCUAGAGUAGAUGUUCUGAAACUUUUCUGGACUACUGCUCCCCUUAGUAUCGACUACUUAAUUUUAUAUGAAAUAUUAAAAUGUUGAAUAUUACCAUUGCAUACCUAGUACAUUUGUUCAUUUACGAAAAUAGGAAGGUCUGGGACAAAAUGGGGUACUUAGAUAUGGAUAAAUAUUCUUAAACUCAAAUAUAUACCUUGCAUCUCCUUAUUUCUAAUUGUGUAUAAAAAUGAAUCGGUUAUUAUGAAAUGAAGGAACCCUUCCUGACUACUUUAACGUUCUAUCGGCCAAUAGGAGCGGCGGAGCUCCCCCCCUCGUCGAUAAAUAAACGU